CAAUUAUCCACGCGUUAUCCGCACAGCAGUGCAUUUAUCUCGCACACAAGCAUCAGUUGAUGGGAAUGUUAUUUUAGGCGCAGGCAGCCUUCCUUCCAGAACGACAAAAAAGCCCCAAACCCCGCAGAGGCGAAUGCUAACCCUGUUUCGUUUCAGGGAGAAGGCGAAAGCUGGAUCCAUGGUGAAUCACCCAAAACCCGUUCCUUGCGCCGCAACGAGACCGCAGCACAGCACACCCGCCGGUUUUGAACGUGAUCGUCAUCUCGUCGCGUGCGGCUGUGCCAAUUAAUUGACAACCAACCCUCCUGAGCGUCUGUCUGUUCUCUCCACCUUUCGCCAUCUGCCUGAUUCGUUCCUUCGACACACGAGAGCGCGCCUUUGCCAGGCAAAUUGGCAUUAUUCAGUCACUACCACCAUCGCCCAGAUCAGACGUCAUUUCUCGACAUGAAUACAGUGCAUCGCCAGUUUGGCAAGUUGAAGAGGAGAGGGGGAGACCAGGCCAAUGUUGCUAUGCUCCUCAACGAAUAUGAGGAUGCUGACAAGAUGCUCACCAAGAUAAUAGAGGCAUCGAAAGGUUGGAGAGAUGCAUGGGUAUCUAUUCUCAGCAUUCAAUUGACAGCGACUACAAUAUUCGAAGAGCUCUACCAGCCGAUUGUUGGCUCAAGUGAUGGAUACGGACAACCGCCAGUCAUGAGUACCCCAGAGCAGCUCGAGCGGACAUCCAAGUUGAGGGCAGCGUACGCAGAACUGAAGACGGAUCUGCUGGACGAAGUUGGCAUGAUGGACUCUCGCGUGAUCAGGCCAGCAACCGAUGCGAAGGAGUACUUGCAACCCAUACGCAAAACAAUCAAGAAACGAGAAAAUAAGAGACUAGAUUGGGAACGCUACAUUGACAAGGUCAACAGCUUAUCAAAAAAGUUGAAACGAUCAGAUCGGGAUAAUGCGGCGUUGGCAAGGGCGGAGGAGGACUUAGCAAAAGCUGCGGAUGACUUCAAAGUCGCCGACGAACACCUCAGGGAAACUCUUCCUCCCAUCAUUGCGUCCGCAUUCUCCAUUCUUCCUCACCUACUUGCGGUCCAAAUCAUGAUCCAAAAUACGCUCUUAGCCCAAUACUACACCAUCCUACAUAACUACUGUGAAGAAACUGGCUUCCCAUCACCUCCCCCGCCGAUGGAGGAUGUCAUAUCUAUGUGGAGCAAAGACUUCAAGCCUGUUCAGCAACAAAUAGAAAGCAUCAACAUGGUCGCCCGGGGGAAAGCUAUUCACCAACCGAUGUCUUUAGGCGACGUUGGACGCAAAUCAAUAACUGGCUUGGGCGUCCGAAAUGGCAUUGCAAACCGCCGUGCAUCUUCAAACAACACGAACCACCCUAUCUCUCCCAAUCCCGAAGCUCGAGUCAUGCGAAUCCCUUCUUCGAAUUCGUUGGCCGUCAUCGAACAACCUAAGCCGCCUUCCCCCUCUCCUUCUCCCGAACCUAGUCCAGCUUUUCUAUCGCCAGACUACUCGACACAACUUACACCCCAAUCAUCCUACGUAGCCCAUUCUCCCGCAGGGCCCAGUGGUGAUUACUUCCAGCGCGGCGUUGCAGGCAAAAAGAAACCACCUCCCCCACCCCCGAAACGAAUUGGUUCUCAAAACUCCGGCGUGUACGCCAUGGCGCUCUACUCCUUCGAAGGUCAAAAUCAAGGCGAUUUGAGUUUUAAGGAAGGCGAUCAGAUUAAGGUCGUGAAGAAAACAGACAGCGUUGAUGAUUGGUGGGAGGGUGAGCUCAGGGGCGUUAGAGGGAGCUUUCCAGCGAAUUAUUGCAAGAUUAAUUGAGCGAACAUGUACGGAAAACUGGGUAGGGAUCUGCGUACGGGUAAUUAGAAGGCAAGUGAUGACUGAUGACGGUUUGGAAAAAUAAGUGGAGGGUAACGGGCUGGCGUUCAGGCAUAGAUAUCACUUUGAUAGUGAGGAUGGCAAACUGAACACGCAAAAUUGGGGUCUUUCAACGUCUACCCUUGCAAUGUGGGCCGAAAGCCGUUAAUAUCCACCAUCGAAACUGAAAAGCCU